AUGCAGUCGGAAUACUGGGGACCACCACUUAUUUGUCUGUUCAUUCUGGUUGUUUACUAUGGAGUACGUUUCUAUCUGAACAAGAAGAGAUUACAGUUGGUCCCCUGGAUGAUAUAUGGGUUAGAGGGCAACGGUCCCCAUGUUGUUUCCUUCGUCUUGACGCACCCGAACGAUGAGGCGUACUACUUUUCGCCCACCUUGGAGAUGCUGGGAGACUUCCGCCAGCAAUAUUCUUCAGUCGACGUUCACGCACUGGUGCUGUCCAAGGGUAACUACAGCGGCGAGGGAGACAGCCGCGUUUCCGAAAUGCAGACCAUUUGCAACAAGUACAAGAUGCAGUGCACCAUCUUAGAUGAACCAGACAUGCAGAUGGACACGCCGACUUGGGACAAGGACAGGAUAGCUGAACUCGUCCAGAAAUUCUUGGAAAAGAACAGCUCCAAGGUCGUUAUCACGUUCGACGAACACGGUGUCAACUCAGAUUCCCAUCGCAUAAGCGCGCAUGAUGCCGUUAUGGCAGUGAAGGAAAAAAUAUCUGACCUGAGGGUCUGGAUGCUUGCCAGCUUCGGCUCUGCUUCCGCGAACUUCCCGCUAUUCGCUUACUUGGAAGCUAUUUUCGCCAAAACCAUUGCCUGUGUGCACUCGUUCGGUCCGGUGUACCAGAACGUCAAGAUUCACGAAAGCGAGUCGUCCAGCGGCUUCAAGCUGUUUUUCAACUCGUACGGUUACGUCAACAUCUUCAAGCGUCUGUGA